AUGGCCUCUAGUGGGAGUACAGGCAAGCAGACACAGGAGCCUGGAGCACCUCCGGUCUACCUGAUGAGCAUGGCCCUCAAUCAGGACCAUAGUGGGCUUUGUGUGGCGACGACUAAGGACUUCCGUACCUUCUUCUUGUACUCGCAAGCUCAGCAGGAUAACUUUGUCGAAUUCCGUCGAAGGUUGAUGUCGGCGCCAGUGGCUGUGGCUGUGAUGCUGUAUAAGACUAACAUUCGGGCGAUAGUCAGCGCUGCGGAGCCAACUAGAGUUCUACUGUGGGAUGACAAGACUGGCACGGCGCCGCAUGCCUUGUGCUCUAGACCUGAGGUUCUAAGUGUACAGAUGAGGCGGGAUGUUAUUGCCGUGGUGACAGAAUAUAAGAUAUACGUCUACAGCCUUCCUGAAUUGGACGUUAUGUUGCAUUUGGAUACUCAUGGUAACAGCAGAGGCGUCUGUACUCUCAACUGUGAUGUACACCGGGAGACGGUUAUGUGUUGCCCUGACCAACAGCGCGGCGGAAUUAGAAGUAUUGCUACAGGAGACGAUGACCAAUACCUUGUCUCGUCUUCGAGUUCUAACACAGUGCAUGUUUUCCGUUUGGCAUCUGCUCGCCACAGACGCUCUGGUAGUGGCUCCCAAGGUAUGUUAACUACCAAGCAGUACCGGCCUGCGAAUCCGACUAGGUUCGCAGCUGCCAGUGACGUUAGGGCCGACGCCACCCGAAGGCUCGCCACCACCUUCAAGACCUCGGUCUAG